AUGACUCCAAGCCCAGCGAGUCUUGCACAGUUAGCAUCUUGGAAUGGAAAGGUCCCCGACAAAGCAAAGACCUGCGUCCACUGGGUGGUUGAUGACCAAUGCAAGAGCCAACCAGAGGCACCAGCCCUGUGCACGGAGAGAGAAACGCUAUCAUAUGGCGAGCUUGCAGAUACUUCAUCCAAGAUGGCUGCUUACCUGGAGAAAAUGGGCAUAGGACCUGGGCAAUUUGUACCCCUGUGCUUUGAGAAAUCCAAGUGGACUACAUUGGCAAUGUUGGCAGUGAUGAAGGUUGGAGCCGCCUUUGUGCUCCUAGAUCCAUCCUAUCCAAUCCAACGCCUCAAAGAAAUAUGUCAAGCGGUGGAAGCCGAUGUGGUGUUGUGUUCAGGAAGGAAUAUCAGUAAAUCUGCCCAAAUAGCUCCGCAGGUUGUCCCUGUCGAUUGGGAUGAGUCCACCUGGUCAAGACAUAAAGCCGAACAACUACCAUCAACCGUGCAGCCAUGUGACGCUCUAUACGCAGUUUUCACAUCUGGAUCUACUGGAAAGCCUAAAGGGAUCAUAAUUGAGCACGGAUCUUUCUCCUUGACUGCCCAGGCGUAUCUGAAGACUGCCAAGCUUGACACGCAGAUGAGAGCGCUACAGUUUGCAUCUUAUGGAUUCGACGUGAGCAUUUCUGACAUGUUGGUGACGCUUAUGGCCGGAGGCUGUAUUUGCAUACCCUCAGAUGCCGAGCGCGUCACUGACCUCGCGGAAUCAAUCUCUCGAAUGGGCGUGAACUUUGCAGACCUAACCCCUUCGGUGCUCCGAUCCUUGUCACCAGCGGAUGUUCCAUCCAUUCAAACAUUAGUCCUUGGCGGAGAAACGAUGUCUAAAACCAUUAUCGAAAAAUGGAAGGGACAUGUUCGCUUGCUAAAUGCAUACGGACCAGCGGAAUGCUGCAUGCUUUCCACGAUCCAAUGCAAUGUGUCUACAUCUGAUCCGUCCAAUAUAGGAUAUGCUACUGGCGGUGUAUGCUGGGUCGUGGACAAAACAGACUAUACAAGAUUGGUCCCUGUUGGUGCUGUUGGUGAGCUGCUAAUUGAGGGCCCGGUUGUUGGUCGAGGCUAUAUACAUGAGCCCGAAAGGACAUCACAAUCAUUUAUCGAAGAGGUCGCCUGGCUCACAACCUUCCGAGGCAGUAGCCGUAGUCGGCUUUUCCGAACAGGAGACUUAGUGCGGUAUAAUCCAGACGGGUCAUUGGUCUUUAUCGGCCGCAAGGACACCCAGGUCAAGCUUCGUGGUCAGCGCAUCGAGCUGGGCGAGGUAGAGCACCACACGCGCGAAUGCUUCCCCGAGGCGGGGGAUGUGGUGGCGGAGGUGGUGACGCCGAAUGAAACUGCGCGGCCGCCGAUACUGGUUGCCUUUAUCUUCCCGGGCAGUCCAAAUAAUAACAGCACCGACAUCAUAGCAGCCCCAACUGAUCUCUUUCGCUCAACUAUCCCAGCAGCCGAGGCGCAGCUCCAUGAUAGGGUGCCAGGGUACAUGGUGCCAGCCGUGUUUCUUCCGCUGGCCACGAUCCCCCUGACAGCCACCGGAAAAACUGACCGUCGGCGGCUACGUGACCAUGCGGCAACCCUUUCGCGGGCAGAGAUUGAAUCAUACAAUGUCUCCAUCACAGUAAAGCGCAUGCCUGUCACAGAGACAGAGUGGACGCUACAGUCCCUGUGGGGUCAGGUCCUGAACAUGCCCUCCGACGCCAUCGGAGUGGACGACACCUUCUUUCGCCUGGGCGGUGACUCCAUAACCGCCAUGCAAUUAUCGUCUUUGGCUAGAGCCGCAGGGCUCUCCUUGACUGUGUCUGAUAUCUUCCAAUUCAAGUCCAUAUCCGGGCUUGCGUCCAUCCGCAACACGAAACAACCGGUCUCCUCUGAUCCGGAGGAAUCAGUCGAUGUCGCGUUUGACCUAUCUCCUGUGCAACGGUUAUAUUUUGAGCUCGCACCACGUGCAUCUGACUAUUGCCACCAGAGCACUUUAAUUCCACUCGCCGCAUCAGUGGCCCCCGACGAUCUUGCUCGCGCUAUUCCCAUUCUCGUGGACCGUCAUUCCAUGCUACGCGCUCGUUUCAGCCUACGUGAUGAUGGCACCUGGUCCCAGGCCGUUUCUGCGGAUAUUAAGUCCAGUUACAGAUACCGCCAUAUUACUGUCCGUUCGCUGGAAGACGCGCGACUUUCUAUGCAGAACAGCCAGCGAACCCUCGAUAUCCAACAUGGUCCGCUCUUCAAUGUUGAGCUGAUUACCACCGGUUCUCGCACGCAAGAACAGUAUAUCUUUUUGCUUGCGCAUCGCUUGGUGAUGGAUGCUGCCUCAUGGCCAAUCAUACUGGGAGACCUUGAAGAGCUACUAGAGAAAGGCCAAAUCGUCGGCGCCAAGCCCCUCCCAUUUCAGUCGUGGUGCCGACUGCUAGGGCAGUAUGCCCGUAAAAGUCGACUACCUCCAGAAGCCUUAUAUACCACACCACAGUCGUUCGCACAUGGCUAUUGGGGCCCGAUGAACAUCCCAAAUACAUGGGACAAUACAUUGCACGAUAGCUUCACAGUUAGCGAGCAGGUCACAGCCACUCUGCUAGGAAAGGCAAACGACAGUCUCCAGACUCAGCCAGCGGAAGUCUUGCUAGCUGCGCUUUGGUAUUCGUUCGAGCGAAUAUUCCAGGACCGGCCACGUCCGACCAUAUUUAACGAAGACGACGGACGGGAGCCUUGGGACACAGCUAUUGAUCUGUCCCGCACGGUGGGAUGGCUUACCACAAUGUGGCCAGUGUGCAUAAACCUAGAUAGCAACAUCGAUGAUAUCGUGGAGGUAGUGCGUCGAGUGAAGGACUCAUUACGGCAGGCCUCAAGUAAUAGAUGGGCCUAUACCGCCUUCUGCUUCAUGAACUCGGAUGGCCAAAAUCCCAUGAAGAUGCAUGGACCGGUGGAGAUUGCUUUCAAUUACCUAGGUCUAGAUGAGCAACAUGCGCGGGAGGAAUCCAUGUUUCAAUCUUCGAUCAAUGUGAAAGACCACGUUCCAAACAACGCGCCUGAUACGCCACGGCUCGCCUUGGUCGACGUUGAGGCUGCAGUGAAGCAAAGUCGUCUGCAGAUCUCCUUCCGCUAUAACAGACAAAUGCAACACCAAAAGAGCAUCCGCCGGUGGAUUGCGAACUACAAGGAGUCCCUUCAAGAAGCAGCGGAACGAUUGACUAGUAUUGACCGGAUGUACACCUUGUGUGAUUUCCCUCUGCUUCCCUUGACAUACGAGAGCUUGGAGUCACUGCUUCACGAGAUACGAACGCGAGGCUCACGGCAGGAAAUAGAGGAUAUCUAUCCAUGCUCCCCGAUACAGCGGGGGAUCAUCAUCAGCCAGGCAAAAGAUCCCCGAUACUAUCGGACGAGUUCUAUAUGGAAAGUGGUUGCGAACCAAGCAUCAUCACCAGUUGACCUUGUCCAACUGCAGACGGCAUGGAGACAGGUAGUUGACCGCCAUGCUAUCCUCCGGACCUACUUUGUUGAGAGUGUCUCCCGAGCCGCUUAUGUUGAUCAAGUGGUUCUGGCGACGGCUGUUCCCGAAUGUGACAUAGUAGCUACGCGUCGCGUUGAGGACCCGAUCGCUGCCAUUGAGCAGUAUUUCGCGACCGCUGGUCAACAGGGUCAACCGCUUCACCGGAUGCUAGUAUAUGCCACGGAGACAGAGAUACUCUGUGCUCUUAAUAUUAGUCACGCUCUGAUCGACGGGCAGUCUAUGGGAAUUCUCGAGCGGGAUCUACGACUGGCAUAUGAUGGCAAACUCCCUCCGGGCCGAGGUUCGCUGUACAGCGACUAUAUUUCCUAUUUGCAAGGGUUUUCAGAAUGCGCCGCCGAAACUUAUUGGAAAGCAUACAUGGAUGGGGUGGAACCCUGCGUAUUCCCAAAGCUGGGCGCUGAGCGUGUUGAAGACGACAAGCGUACCCAACGAAAUACUUUCGCCGAUCUCGGCACUGGAGAGAAUCUCCGUGCCUUCUGCCAGCGCCACGAAGUGACACUCUCCAACCUAUUCGGCGUGGCAUGGGCCGUAGUACUCCAGAUAUAUACCGGGUUGGAUUCGGUUUGCUUCGGCUAUGUCAACUCCGGUCGUGACGUGCCAGUGCAUGGAGUUGGCGAUAUCAUUGGCCCGCUAAUUAACAUGUUAGUAUGCCGUUUAGAUCUGGCUUCGGAUAAAUCUAUGCUGUCGCUGGUGCAAAGCAAUCGAGACCAGUACCUCAAGAGUCUUCCGCACCAGUUUUACCCAUUGGCCGACAUUAUGCACUGGACUGGUAUGUCGGGGAUGCCGCUUUUCAAUACGGCUAUAUCGAUAGAGCGUUCUGAAAGUGGUGAAGAUGAGGUGGCCAGUGUGGGCCUCGAGAAAGUGGGCGGUCACGAUCCAACAGAGUAUGAUAUUUCAGUCAACGUCGGCAUCGGGGCGGAUCGGAUGCGGGUGCAUCUGAACUACUGGACUUCGAGCCUCAGUGAACAGCGCGCCGAGUGUGUCACGGAGACAUUCAAGACGGUGAUUUUGGCGAUAGCUGAGCGACCUGAGAGUACAGCCCGAGAGCUCAACGCCACUAGUGAAUGGGACAAGCAGCAGAUCUAUGCAUGGAACGCGGAGGUACCGGAACCAGUCAACCGAUGCGUGCACGACUUGAUUGUGGAACAGUGCCAGGCACGACCAGACAGCACAGCGGUAUGUGCGUGGGAUGGUGACCUCACUUAUUGCGAGUUAGACCAGCUCUCGUCGACCCUAGCAGUACAUCUAUUCAGUCUUGGUAUUAAGCCUGGGGUAUUCGUGCCGCUGUGCUUCGAAAAGUCUCGGUGGAUAACAGUGGCAAUACUUGGGGUGAUGAAGGCCGGUGGGGCAUUCGUGUUAUUAGACCCGUCCCAUCCACAGGCACGACUACAAGGGAUCUGUCGUGCAGUGUCGGCAGAUGUGAUCAUAGUGUCAGCGGCCAGUGCAUCGCUGGUGGACACGGCGGGGAAGGUGCUCGUUGUUGUGGAUAGCGAGGCCGCAUGGCAGGAGAACAGCAUUGCCUGGGCUCAGUCAACCGUUACGCCCGACAGCGACCUAUACGCCGUAUUCACCUCCGGUUCCACCGGUACCCCAAAAGGUGUUAUCAUCUCUCAUUCAGCGUUCUGCAGUAGCAGCCUUCGCCAGUCCCGCCUUCUCUCUCUCACUUCACACUCCCGCGUCUUGCAAUUUGCCUCUUACACGUUCGACCCUUGCAUUUCAGAUAUGCUAGGCUCAUUCCUGGUUGGGGCAUGUGUCUGUGUGCCUUCCGAGAUUGAUCGCAAAACCAACAUUCCUAUGGUGAUUAGCCGCAUGAAUAUUGACUGGGCUGAUCUUACUCCAUCGGUGGCCCGAAUUUUGAAUCCUGCUGAUAUGCCAAGCUUAAAAACACUCAUUCUUAGUGGGGAACCUCCCAUGGCGAAUGACGACGUUGAGACCUGGAGCUCUCAUGUACAGUUAAUAAACUCUUAUGGGCCUGCCGAGUGUGCUGUGGUCAGCGUGACUCACAAUAAUCUCCGCAUGGGAUCGGACCCGAAGAGCAUUGGAUGGGGAACUGGAUGUGUAUGCUGGGUAGUAGAUCCGGUGGACCAUGAGCAGUUGAUGCCAAUUGGCGCAGUGGGCGAGCUGCUGAUCGAGGGUCCAAUUGUGGGACGCGGGUAUUUGAACAGCCCGGAAUUGACCGCAGCUGCAUUCAUUCACCCUCCCGGCUGGUUAUGCACAUUCCGCGAGAUGUCACCAGGCAAGGAAAGAUCCAGUGCCAACCGCCUAUAUAAGACAGGUGACCUGGUGCAGUAUGCAGUGGAUGGAUCCCUGCGGUAUAUAGGGCGCAAGGACACGCAGGUCAAGCUGCGCGGGCAGCGUAUCGAGCUGGGCGAGGUGGAGCAUCAUGUGCGGCAGUGCUUCGUGGGCGUGCGCGAUGUGGUGGCAGAAGUGGUAGCCCCAGCCGACCGACCACCGCUGCUGGUAGCCUUUGUGUGGAUAGAAGGGUUGGGAAAUACUGGCCGUGGGGAUCGGAGUGAGCACGGAGAUGGGUCUAAUGACAUCCUCGCUGCGCCUUCUGACGCCUUCCGUGCAGCUGUCCCUGUCGCCGAGGCUGAUCUCCACAAGGCGGUGCCAUCCUACAUGGUGCCGGCCGUGUUUCUCCCCCUGGUGGCAUCGCCGCUUACCGCGACAGGAAAAACCGACCGUCGCCGGCUGCGCCACCGCGCGGCAGCUCUCUCCCGCCCAGAGAUUGAGGCCUAUAGCGGCCCUGCGGUCGCCAAGCGCGCACCUGCCACAGCAGCGGAGCGAAUGGUGCAAGGAAUAUGGGCGCGGGUCUUAAACGUCCUUCCCGAGUCUAUUAGCAGCGACGACAGCUUCUUCCGUCUUGGUGGAGACUCAAUCACCGCUAUGCGCCUUGCCGGCGCAGCGAGGGAGGAGGGGGUUUUUCUUGCAGUGGCUGAUAUUUUCCAGCAUCCCACGCUUUCUGAAUUAGCCCACUGCCUCCAGACCACUACCAUCAAUGUGGACGUCGGUGACCCAUUCUCUCUCUUGGACCCAAGCACGCGAGACGCGAUCCUUCAACUAGCCAUGCACCAAUGUCACGUUCCCCAGGACCGUAUCACUGACAUCUAUCCUUGCACUCCUCUUCAGGAGGGUCUCAUUGCCCUCACAGAAAAGACCGCUGACGCCUACACUGCCCGCUUCUCCUACCGCUUACCGGGAGACCUGGACCUGAACCGCCUGCGUGCUGCGUGGAAUGCGGUGGCCCGCGCCAAUCCUAUAUUGAAUACCCGGAUCAUCCACGGUGAUGGCCUCGGGACUUUCCAGGUAGUGUUACCGGAUGACAUACCCUGGGUAGUUGAUACCCACAGGGAUGUAAACAGGGUUCCCGGCAAGCCAGUGUCAUUUGGACUAGGCAACCCUCUAUUCUACGUGGCUAUAAUCCAAGGGAAAUCUGGCAACAUGCCCAGCCAGCUCAUUCUUAAUAUGCACCACGCUGUGUACGAUGCGUGGUCCUUGCCGCUGUUACUGGAGCAGGUCGAAGCCGCCUUCCACGGCGAGUCCUUGGCGCUCCGGCCCUUCAGCCCCUUUGUCGCCUACAUCUCCCGCGCUAAGGCCACUUCUAACGCGUUUUGGCGGUCUGAGUUUAUGCAGCUGGACACUGUCUGCUUUCCCCCGUACUCGGGGUCUAGCUAUGUGCCGAAUCCCACUGAGUGUAUUACACACACGGUCUCACUGCCCCAGGAUCGGCCUGGGGACUUCACAGUGUCCACCACGCUUCGCCUCGCCUGGGCCAUCACACUCUCACAAUAUACCAAUAGUGAAGAUGUGGUCUUCGGGCUGACGGUCUCGGGGCGCGGGGCGGCGGUGGCGGGCAUCGACAAGGUAACCGGGCCGACCAUCGCGACCGUCCCGCUUCGCGUACGGCUGGAACAAGAUGAGACUAUUACGAACGGCUUGCACAGGGUCCAGAGUCAGUCUGCCCGCAUGCUCCCAUUUGAGCAGACAGGGCUGCAAAACAUCCGGCGACUGUCUGACGAGACAGCCGCCGCGUGCAGGUUCCAGAACCUCCUUGUAAUCCAGCCCCGCCCGGUUAACGUUGUGAUGGAACUGUUCAGCGAGGACGGAUUGACGUCUGACCAUGGUGCCUACACCUCAUACGCACUCAUACUGCUCUGUGAACUGUCGCCUGAGAUGGUAACUGUGCACGCAAUGCAUGACGCUCAGGUGAUUGGGACCACGCAGGUGCAGCGGCUAUUACACCAUCUGUCAUACGCAAUAGAGCAGAUCGAGCAGCAACCUGACAUGCUACUUAAGGACAUGAGUAAAGUCGGUCGUGAAGAUUACAAGCAGUUGGCUGAAUGGAAUGCAGUGGUACCAGAACGAGUGAAUCAGUGCGUGCAUGACCUGAUUAUAAAACAAUGCCAGACACGACCAGAUGCCCUAGCAGUGAGUGCAUGGGAUGGUGACCUUACUUACAGCAGGCUGGACCAGCUCUCAUCAGCCCUAGCAGCAUACCUGUCUAGGCUUGGAGUGGGGCCUGAUAUUUUUGUGCCACUGUGCUUUGAAAAGUCUCGGUGGAUAAUUAUAGCAAUAAUGGGAGUGAUCAAGGCAGGUGGGGCAUUUAUAUUACUGGACCCAUCAUAUCCAUUGGCGCGGCUGCGGUCAAUUUGCAACGCGGUGUCAGCAGGAGUGAUUGUGACAUCCACAGCGAACGCGGCGAUAGCCAAUGAUCUGGCGGCGCAGGUGGUUGUCCUUACGAAUGACAACGACAUCUGGCAGGAGGGUAACUGGCUGGGAUCAUCAGUCACCCCGAAUCAUGCCCUUUAUGCUGUGUUCACUUCUGGCUCUACCGGCUCCCCCAAGGCUGUGGUUAUUGAGCAUGCCUCAUUCUCUACUGCUAGUAUUAGUCAGAUAGAGGCUAAGCAGUUCCCAGCCGACUUACGACUGUUCCAGUUCACGUCAUAUGCGUUUGAUCCCAGCAUUUCAGACAUCCUUAUAACACUCCUGCUAGGGGGGUGCGUUUGCACACCGUCCGAGGUUGAUCGAAGAGAGAAUAUAGCGCAAGCGAUUGCUCAACUGCAAGCCAACUGGGUUGAACUGACUCCCUCUUUUGCAAGGACCCUUGAUCCUCGAAAUUUCGAAGGCAUCCAUACACUCGUGAUGGGUGGGGAAGCAGCCAUACAGAGCGACAUGGACAGAUGGAGCCCCUACACUAAGCUGAUAACGUGCUAUGGGCCAGCGGAAUGUUCGAUUGUGAGCUGUGUUCAACCACGUAAUUACUCAGGCUCAGAUCCACGCAAUAUUGGGUGGGGAACCGGGUGUGUGUGCUGGGUGGUAGAUCCAGCAGAUCACGAGAAAUUACUGCCAGUGGGAGCAGUGGGCGAGCUGCUGAUUGAGGGCCCAGUCGUGGGGCGUGGGUACCUCAAUGACCCGGUGCAGACAGCAGCGGCAUUUAUCAACCCACCAGCUUGGCUGCGCUUAUUUCGGGCGACUUCACCAGGUAAUACCAGCGGCGACCGGCUAUACAAGACUGGAGACCUGGUACAAUAUGCAGUGGAUGGGUCCCUGCAAUUUGUGGGGCGCAAGGACACGCAGGUCAAGCUGCGUGGACAGCGUAUCGAGCUAGGCGAGGUCGAGCAUUAUGUGCGGCAGUGCUUUGUGGGCGCGCGCGACGUGGUGGCGGAGGUAGUGACACCUGCGGGGGUAGGGCAGCCGCCCCUGCUGGUGGCGUUUGUCUUGAUGGAGGGACAGGACGCUACCAAGGCUGCGGAAAAUGGAAAGACAGAGGAUAUUCUUGCCACGCCAACUAGUGCCUUCCGCGCUGUGAUACCCGCCGUCGAGUCAGCCCUCCAUGACACGGUGCCGGUUUACAUGGUGCCAGCAGUUUUUCUGCAACUAAAAAUUGUGCCGCUGACUACAACGGGCAAAACUGAUCGCCGGCGUCUGUGUUCCCAUGUGGCUAGUCUCUCGAGAUCUGAUAUUGAAGCCUACCAUAGCUUCCCUGCGGCCAAGCGUCUGCCUACCACAGCAGCGGAGCAGACACUACAGCGGCUGUGGGCGCAGGUACUCCACGUUCCACUGGACACUAUUGGCGCGGAUGACAGCAUCUUCCGCCUCGGCGGCGACUCCAUCAUUGCUAUGCAGUUGACUGCUGCUGCUCGGGAGGAUGGCUUUGCUCUCUCUGUUGCUGAUAUAUUUCUUCACAGGCGGCUCUCGACAAUGGCCCGU